UCUGUUCAGUCUGUCGGAGGGUUCAGCGGUGAUCAGUUCAGCAGCAGCGGAAGUGGAAAACUUGCAGCAGACGCACACAAACUAAACCCGGCUGCCACCUGCGAUGCUGCUGGAUGCUGGUCCGUUUUCAAAACUCCUCUUCCCUCUUUUUCUUCUCCUUCUUCUUCCUCUUCUCUUCCCUCUGCUGUCCCGGGGAGACGCGCGCUUUCGCUCUCCGAUGUGAGUUCGCCCGUGCGUAAUAGUCCGGCUCCGUGCGCGCCGUCAUGGCUUAUCCUCAGGGUUUCCUCUUCCAGCCGUCCGUGUCUCUGGCUCUGCACUCCUGCCCGUCCUUCGGCUCCGGGGUCAUCUUAGGACCGCGGACUGAGGAGCUCGGCCGCUCCUCUUCGGGCUCUGCCUUCGCUCCGUACUCGGGAUCAGCGACCUCUCCCGGCUUCAACUCCCACCUGCCGUACGGCGGAGAGCCCCGGGCCGCCGCGACCCUCAGCUCCUUUGUGACUUCUGGGUACGAUCCGUCCUCGGGGAUCUCCGGCUCCUUAGAUUACCACCCGUUCGGGGCCCUGGGGCCCUACGCGUACGGAGACCCCACCUACAGGAAGAACGCCACGCGGGACGCCACUGCCACGCUGAAGGCCUGGCUGAGCGAGCACCGGAAGAACCCGUACCCCACCAAGGGGGAGAAGAUCAUGCUGGCCAUCAUCACCAAGAUGACCCUGACUCAGGUGUCCACCUGGUUCGCCAACGCCCGCCGGCGACUGAAGAAGGAGAACAAGAUGACCUGGACGCCCAGAAACAGGAGCGAGGACGAGGAGGAGGAGGACAACAUCGACCUGGAGCGCAACGACGAGGACGAGGAGCCGAUGAAGCCGAGUAACAACGAGGAGCCGGAGUCGAGGAGCGAAGCCGCUCCUCGCCGCCCCCCCUCCGUUGGAGACUCCUGCGUGUCGGCGUGCAGAGAGGACAGCGGCGACACCGACCGAAGCCUCACCGACCCGGACUUUAAAGACUCCGGGGACCGGAGGCUGCCCCUCCUCCCGGGCCCCACCUCCACAGGGGGCCCUCCUCAAAUCGCACCAAUCAGAGUGUCAGAGCUGGAACGGACAUCGAGCCCGUCGCCUAAAGAGCACUCCGACUCCAUCCGGGGGCCAAAUCCGGCCCCUAAACCCAAACUGUGGUCCUUGGCUGAGAUCGCCACCUCGUCGGAUAAAAAUAAAGGAUCUAAUGACUCUUCACAGAGCGGGGGGCCGGGACAGCCGCAGGCCUCGGUCCACCACACGUCCACGCCCCGGACCCCGUUCUCACACAGCCCCGCCCUGCCCCGACACCUCUACUACACCUCCCCCUUCAUCCCCGGAUACUCCAGCUACGGCCCUCUGGGGCCCCUCCACGGCAGCUCACACUUGGCCUCAACGACGCAUUUAAACGGAUUACACCAGACGAUGCUGCAGAGGGCCGAGGCCCUGGCCAGAGACUGCAAACUACGCAGUCAGAGCCAGCUGGACCUGCACGAACUGAAGAAGGGCAUGACAAACGUGUAGACCCCGGGGCCCGGAAAACUUUUUAUUUACUGGAACCGGUUUGUUGGAUUCUCCUCUGAAACGUCCUGGAUAUCAAAGAAAACUAUGAAACACAGACAAAAGGCCCCGCAGAGGCCCCUGACUUUUAUUUAGAAACAAAUACUGGAUUUCAGACGGCGUUUUUCUAUGUUGAUAAGAUGUAAUCUUUGUAGUGCGUUUCUGCACAGAACCUAAAGAAUCAUUAAAAGCUAGUUUUAUUAAUACGGAA